UGCACGCCUUAGCGUAUGCCAAGGAUGGAGGGCUCUGGACUCCUGUGGCUGACCUUGGCUUCCUGCCUUCUGACCUUGGUGUCUGCAGAGCAGCCAGGUACCAGAAACCUUACCAAAGCCAGUUCUUAUGGGCUGGACGUGGAGUGUGGAGCCCCUGGCACCCCAGAGGCCGAAGUCUGUUUUGACCCCUGCCAGAAUUACACCGUGUUGGAUGAACCCUCCAGAAGCACAGAGAACACAGAAGAUGUCCAGUCGUGUGAUAAGAACCUGCAAGGCUGGUACCGCUUUGUGGGUGCAGGGGGAGUCCAGAUACCGGAGACCUGUGUCCCGAUGUUCCGGUGCCAGACGGCUGCUCCCAUGUGGCUGAACGGGACCCACCCUUCCCUUGAGGAAGGCAUUGUCACCCGCACUGCUUGUGCCCACUGGAGUGAAAAUUGCUGCCUCUGGAAUAAGGAGGUGUCAGUGAAGGCCUGUCCUGAUGGGUAUUACGUGUACAGGUUGGACGGCACGCCUGACUGUGACCUGAGAUAUUGCACAGACCCCUCCACCGUGCAGGACAAGUGUGAAGAGUCCUGCCGCUCUGAGGAGGAGUGCCGCUUGCACGAUGGUGUCUGGGGCUGUUUCUGCAGGCAGGACCUCAACAGCUCUGAUGUCCACAGUCUACAGCCUCAGCUGGACUGCGGGGCCAAAGAGAUCAAAGUGUCACUGGGCAAGUGUCAACUGCAAGGCCUGGGCUUUGGGGAAGAGGUCAUUGCCUACCUGCGGGACCGGAACUGCAGCAGCAUCCUGCAGUGGGAGGAGAGGAACUGGCUGUCUGUGACCAGCCCUGCCCAGGCUGGUGCCUGCGGGAACAUCCUGGAGAGAAAUCAAACCCAUGCCAUCUAUAGUAACACGUUCUACUUGGUCAACAAUUUCAUCAUCAGAGACACCAUCCUCAACAUCAACUUUCAGUGUGCCUACCCACUGGACAUGAAAGUCAGCCUCCAGACUGCCCUGCAGCCCAUCGUAAGUUCCCUGAACAUCAGUGUGGAUGGGGAAGGAGAGUUCAUUGUUAGGAUGGCCCUUUUCCAAGACCAGAACUACACGUCCCCUUACGAAGGGACCACAGCUGUGCUGUCUGUUGAAUCCAUACUCUAUGUGGGCGCCAUCUUGGAUACCGGGGACACCUCCCGGUUUAACCUGUUGUUGAAGAACUGCUAUGCCACACCCACUAAAGACAAGGAUGACCCUGUGAAAUAUUUCAUCAUCAGAAACAGCUGCCCAAAUCUACAGGAUUCCACUAUCCAUGUGGAGGAGAAUGGGGUGUCCCCGGAAAGCCGGUUCUCCGUUCAGAUGUUCAUGUUUGCAGGCAAUUAUGACCUAGUUUUCCUUCACUGUGAGGUUCAUCUCUGCGAUUUCCUUAAUGAGCAAUGCCAGCCGUCAUGCUCGAGACGCCUCAAUGAUGUAGUGGCCAUUGACCCAGCCCGUGUUCUAGAUUUGGGACCCAUCACUCGGAAAGGUGCCCAGUUGCCUGGUGUCAUGAGUGGAGCCCCCAGCACCAAAGGCUUCCUGCUGGCCUGGCCCAUGCUCCUCCUGCCGGUCCUACUGGCUUGGCUGUUCUGA